UAGGCUGUGCUUGACUAGCAGCAGCAGCAGCAUCAACUUCCCCUCCCCGAACCUCCCCACUCCCCAACGAUGCCUUUUUUUCCCCCCCUUUUUCUCUUUUCUUUCUCACACUGAGCAAUAUUGGUGACGCCGUCCGUUGCCACUGCAACAAUGUCUCGCCUGUGCGUGGGGCGUGCGGCGUCUGAGCAGAGUUGAGAGGGGAAAAAAGCGGAGAGGACAUCUGUGCCUGGUUUUCCGUCAUCUGGAUGGGAAGUGCUUUUUGGCAGGGGAGACAGAGAGAGAAGAAAGCGGAAGGCAAGCCGGGGAAGGGGAACAACUGGCACCAGCCAAUCCCCCCCUGUCCACUCUCAGACUGGAGACGACGGAGGCCACCGGAGUAUUUGCUUUUAUCUUUCGUUUUUUGUUCUUUUUUUUCCUCAUUGCGCUGCUGGGAGGUGCUUUGCCUUUUCAUUUGCUCGCUCUUUCGGUCCUCUGCCUCCUCAUCUAUUUUGCCAUUUACCUGGUCAACAAUUUCGUCCAUUUAUGAGCCAGACAAGGAGGGAGAGGGGGAGAGAGAGAGAAGCAGAAAGACAGAGAAAAGGAGAAAGAGACAGAGGAGGGGGAUUUUUGUUCCCCCCUCUUUAUCCUCUUUUAUCCCCUCCAUCCAUUCUUCCUUCCCUUUCCAUUGCUUUCCCUCCCUGUGCAGCCCACGCUCCCUUCUUCCUCCCUCCCUCCCUUCCUCCCUGCCUCAUCCUCCUCCCCCUCCACCCGUAACUUUGGCUACUUUCUUUUUUUUUGACUCCACCUGUCGUUUUAUUUAUUUCCUUUAAGCAGCUCUGAUAGAGUCUUUUUAUUAGCUUUCGUUGUCUUUUCUAUUUAUGCCUUUUUCACUUUUAUACCUAUUUCCCCCCUUCUUUUUUCCCUCCUUAUGCAUCUUAUCUGGCUGGUACCUAACUCUAACCGUAGAGUGGCAGACGUAAGAAAAACAAGAUUCUCCGAGCAUCUUUUUUCCGCGGAGGAGAAGUGACGGCGCUCCAGUGGAGCGCAAUUACCUCAACAUUGAUGCUUUGCUCCCUUGACCGUCUGAGGAUUUUACCUAAAACGGCUCCUCGCUCAGUCUGAGGCUAUGAAAGGGAGAGAGGAGUCCCAGGCCGCACCACCAUGCUACUUCUGAGAAGCUGGGAUGAGACUUUGGCUGGCAAAACACGAGGUAUUUCUCUCCCGCUCCUACAUUAUGCCUCUUCGUGGACGCUGCAGCUCCUCCCUGCCUCACCGACAUGCUGGGGCUCAUUUCUCCCCCCGAAUGGUUGCUCAGGUGCAACAUGGGGCUCGGACCCUUUAUCCACCUCCAUCGAUUCACCGCACCACAGGCACGCCUUUAUGCCUGCCUCUCCUUUUUCUGCUGCUCUGUCUUCUCCACCUACCCCCAGCCUGUCACUCACGGAGAGAAAAGGGCGGAGGAGGCGGUGGCGGCCAUUACAUGCCCAUCCCACAGCCCCCUCCUCACCACAUGGCCCUGCCUAACAUCCUGCGGGGCCUGAGCAUCGCUGUCGUACUGGUGGGGAACUCCAGCGAGGUGGCGUUGGCAGGGGCCAGAGAGAAGGAGGACUUUCUCCACAUUGCUCCGAACGUGGAGGUGCUGACCAUGAAUGAAACGGACCCCAAAAGCAUUAUAAAGAGCAUCUGUGACCUGAUGACAGAGCACUGGCUGCAGGGUGUCGUGUUUGGGGACGACACAGACCAGGAGGCCAUCGCGCAGAUCCUGGACUUCAUCUCAGCCCAAACCCACAUUCCCAUCCUCGGAGUACGUGGAGGCUCUUCGAUGAUCAUGGCCGCCAAGGAUGACAACUCCAUGUUCUUUCAGUUUGGCCCCUCCAUCGAGCAGCAGGCUUCUGUCAUCCUGAACAUCAUGGAGGAGUACGACUGGUACAUCUUCUCCAUCGUCACAACGUACUACCCCGGUUACCAGGACUUCGUCACCAAGAUCCGAAACACCAUCGAGAACAGCUUCGUCGGCUGGGAGAUGGAGGAAGUUCUGCUGCUUGACAUGUCCGUGGACGACGGCGAUUCAAAGAUCCAGAACCAGCUGAAGAAACUACAGAGUCCAGUGAUUCUUCUCUACUGCACAAAAGAGGAGGCCAACACCAUCUUCGAGGUGGCCCACUCCGUAGGUAUCACUGGCUACGGUUACACCUGGAUCGUCCCUUCGCUGGUUGCUGGAGACACUGACGUAGUGCCUGCAGAGUUUCCCACAGGUCUGCUCUCCGUAUCCUACGACGAGUGGGACUAUGGUCUGGAGGCCCGUGUUCGGGACGGCGUGGCGAUCAUCACCAUGGCGACGUCCACCAUGAUGAUGGACCGCGGACCUCACACCCUGCUGAAAUCUGAAUGCCAUGGAGCGCCGGAAAAGAAGACCCCAAUCUCAGGCAACCCCAAUGAAGUCCUCAGGUACCUGAUGAAUGUGACAUUUGAGGGGCGCAAUCUGUCGUUCAGCGAAGAUGGGUACCAGAUGCACCCCAAGCUUGUCAUUAUUCUGCUCAACAAAGAGAGACAGUGGGACCGGGUGGGUAAAUGGGAGAACGGCUCCUUGUCCAUGAAGUACCACGUGUGGCCUCGCUACGAGCUGUAUGGAGGCGCGGCAACCAGGGAAGACGACCACCUGUCCAUCGUGACGCUGGAAGAGGCUCCGUUUGUCAUUGUGGAAGACGUGGACCCGCUGAGUGGGACCUGCAUGAGGAAUACCGUCCCCUGCAGAAAACAGAUCAAAGCGCUCAAUCAGACCAAGGAGACGGGGAUCUACAUCAAGCGUUGCUGUAAGGGCUUCUGCAUCGACAUCCUGAAGAAGAUCGCCAAGUCGGUCAAGUUUACGUACGACCUGUACCUGGUCACGAACGGGAAGCAUGGCAAAAAGAUCAACGGGACCUGGAACGGCAUGGUGGGAGAGGUUGUGUUAAAAAAUGCCCACAUGGCUGUCGGAUCCCUAACCAUCAACGAGGAGAGGUCAGAGGUCAUCGAUUUUUCUGUUCCCUUCAUCGAAACCGGAAUUAGCGUCAUGGUUUCCCGCAGUAACGGCACCGUUUCACCUUCCGCAUUUCUAGAACCCUUUAGUGCAGAUGUGUGGGUGAUGAUGUUCGUGAUGCUGCUGCUGGUGUCAGCAGUGGCUGUGUUCGUGUUCGAGUACAUCAGCCCUGUGGGCUACAACCGCUGUCUGGCUGAUGGCAGAGAGCCUCACGGCCCGUCUUUCACCAUCGGUAAGGCCAUCUGGCUGCUUUGGGGUCUCGUCUUCAACAACUCCGUGCCAGUCCAGAACCCCAAAGGCACCACCAGUAAAAUUAUGGUGUCAGUGUGGGCCUUCUUCGCUGUCAUUUUCCUGGCCUCGUACACUGCCAACCUGGCUGCUUUCAUGAUCCAAGAGGAAUAUGUGGAUCAAGUCACGGGUCUCUCGGACAAGAAGUUCCAGAGUCCCAAUGACUUCUCUCCUCCAUUCCGGUUUGGCACGGUCCCGAACGGGAGCACAGAGAGGAACAUCAGGAACAACUAUCCAGAGAUGCACACCUACAUGACGGCGUUCCAUCAGAGGAACGUCAACGAAGCUCUGCAGAGUCUGAAGGCCGGCAAACUGGAUGCCUUCAUUUAUGACGCCGCCGUCCUGAACUACAUGGCCGGCAGGGAUGAGGGCUGCAAGCUGGUGACCAUUGGCAGCGGCUACAUCUUCGCCACCACGGGAUACGGCAUCGCCAUCCAGAAGGAGUCUGGGUGGAAGAGACACGUGGACCUGGCCAUCCUGCAGCUUUUUGGCGACGGUGAGAUGGAGGAGCUGGAGUCCCUGUGGCUGACGGGGAUCUGCCACCACGAGAAGAACGAGGUGAUGUCCAGCCAGCUGGACGUGGACAACAUGGCCGGGGUCUUCUACAUGCUGGGCGCCGCCAUGGCUCUCUCCCUCAUCACCUUCAUCUGCGAGCACUGGUUCUACUGGCAGCUGCGCUUCUGCUUCAUGGGCGUCUGCUCCGGCCAGCCCGGCUUCGUCUUCAGCGUCAGCAGGGGAAUAUACAGCUGCAUACAUGGGGUCCAAAUCGAAGAGAAGAGCAGCUCUGCGUUGAACUCCCCAUCAGCCACCAUGAACAACACCCAUUCAAACAUCAUGCGCCUCCUACGCACUGCCAAGAAUAUGGCCUCCCUGUCGGGGGUGAACGGCUCGCCGCACAGCGCCCUGGACUUCAUCCGUCGAGACUCUUCUGUUUAUGACAUCUCGGAGCAUCGCCGCAGCUUGGCUGGCCAUUCAGACUGCAAACCUCCUUACAUGCCUGAAGACAACAUGUUUAGUGAUUACAUCAAUGAAGUGGAGAGGACGUUUGGGAACCUUCAUCUCAAGGACAGCAAUUUAUACCAGGAUCACUAUCUACACCACCAUGGUUCAACCCCAGGGCUCACUGGUCCUCCUCCCAACAGACCCCACAGUUUGGGCAGUGCUAGUUCUCUGGAGGGUGGCAUGUUUGACUGUGACAGCCUGGGUGGGGGAGUGGCUCCUAUUUUCACCACCCAACCUUGCUCAGCUCUGACCCACAGGAACAUGAGCAAGUUUGACCUGUUGUCUGGACAGACUCCUCCCUCAGGCCAGAGCUUCAAGGGAGGACUGCCUGAUGUCUAUGGGAAGUUCUCCUUUAAAGGUGGUGCCUCAAGCUCCACUUACAUUCCGGGACCUAGCUACUGUGGGGGGAGAGGAGACGAUGAUGGAAAUAUACGCUCAGAUGUUUCAGACAUUUCCACACACACUGUAACAUACGGAAACUUGGAGGGUAAUGCCAAGAAGCGCAAACAGUACCGAGACAGCUUAAAAAAGAGGCCGGCCUCUGCAAAGUCCAGACGGGAACUGGACGAAAUUGAGCUGGGUUAUAGGAGGAAACCCUACCACAUCAGCCACCACCACUACCACAGCCAACGCUCUGCCUCCCCGCCACUAUUGCCCUCUGAACGCAAGCGAGGGGGUGGAGGAGGAAACGGCAAUGGGAACUCUUACCUCUUCAGGGAAAAGGAGAGUGUUCGGGACUUUUAUCUUGACCAGUUUCGUCCCAAAGAGGGGGUCCCUCAGUGGGAGCAUGUGGACUUGACAGAGGGUCCUGGAAACAGAGAUGGAGGAGUGCCAACAUGCACCUCCUUGGUGCCAGUUGAAGACUUUCUGAAAAGCAAACCCAAGAAGUCUGACUCAAAGGGUGGGCCAGGGUCUGGAUUGACAGGGGGAGAAUGGGAGUGCAGGAACUGUCGAGCUAGUGGGGGCAAGCAGAUGUCCAUUCAUGGAGGAGGUGGUGGGUAUUCAAGUGGCAUGGGCUGUGGGUCCUCAGCUGGUGGCAGCCGCCCGAGCUCUGCAACCUGCAUGCGUUGUGAGGGUUGUAAAAAGACAGGAAACCUUUACGAUAUCAGUGAGGACAAUAACCACCCCUUGGAACAAAUGGGGGGAGGGAAAGGCGGGGGAGGAGUGGGAGGUAUGACCGCAGGUCCUCAGGCUCAAUCUCAGGCCCAGCAGAGGAGAAAGAGUGGAGGAUUUGGGAAGCAGCUAAGGCGUCAACAUUCAUACGACACAUUUGUUGACCUCCAGAAAGAAGAAUCAGGUGGAAUGGGAAGUCUAAUGGGAGGCUUAGGGGGAGGCAUGGGUGGACCUGGGAUGGGAGGAAUGCUGCCCCCACCAAGGAGUGUUAGUUUGAAAGAGAAAGAACGCUACAUGGAAGAAAACAGCCCCUUUGCACACAUAUUUGAACGCCAUGGGGGCUCAGAAAGGGAAAGGGACAGAGACCCAUUGUUUUAUGGAGGUGAGAGCCAAAAAAGCUCUGGUUCCCCAUUUGGACUGUUCAGAGGAGGUGAGGGCCUCCACCGCCGCUCCAUUGGAGAGAGAGACAUGAGAGACAGAUCUUUGAUGGAAGGUGGAGGUGGGGCAGCAUUCUCUUUAUCCAAAUCUCUUUACCCUGACAGGGUAAACCAAAACCCCUUUAUACCCACCUUUGGUGAUGACCAGUGUCUGAUGCAUGGAGCCAAACAAUAUUACCUGACAAAGCAACAGCAGCAGCAGCAACAACAACUUCCCCAAAACAGCAGAGGUGACUUCAGGAGUCAAUUGAGUGCAACGUCAUAUCUGCCAGCAUCUGCCACAGCUGGGGGGAUGUCCAAUGUGCCCCCCCGGUUCCCAAAAGAGCUCAGUCUUGGUGGGAUGAACCAUCACGGGUCUAUGUUGGCAGUCGGACCCCCACGUCCCUUCAAUGGAAGCAAUGGCCAUGUGUACGAGAAACUCUCUAGCAUUGAGUCUGACGUGUAAGAGACAAAGAGGAAGAAGGAGGAGCGCAUCAGAGGUUCAAAGUGUUUGGAGAUCAGGGGUAUUUCUUAGAACUAAAUGGACACAAAGCAGCUUAAGAUCAUGGUGGCACAAAGAUGACUUAAAGAGGGGUCAAAUGAGUGGCAAAGGCAAAACAGGUAGAGACUGUUGUACAAGAUAGAGAAUGAAGAUGGGAAUAAAAUAUCAGGACAUCCUUAGGGGGUUAAGGAUGCUAAACCUCUCUUAAAAUGGCCAAAGCUAUUCUACUUUUACAUCCACAUACAAUCAAUCAACAUUGUCUUUAAUCUCACAAAAGCCCUACACUUCAACAAGUUCCAUCCUCAUAGCCACUGGUGUGCUAGAAGUCACUGUGCGUAAUUGAUAUCUUGACAAAGCAUCACCUUGUUUUAGUUUUCUACAGGGGCCACAGUUUGAGGGCUCCUGUUGGGUGCUUGUGAGGAACCACAGCAAGAGUGGCUACGGGAGAGACCUGCCCAUGUACCCCUGUGACAAUUUAGAGAUUAGACGUCGUCACAUAAGCGAGAGCCACAACACAGCCUGUCUUGGACAUCUCUCCCUGAACCCUUACCCACUCCUCUUCUUCUCCGUCCCAACUUCUCCUCCGUAUCUUUGACACCUCAAGAGCUGUUUGCUGAUGAGAAAUACAAUCAUGAAUGAUAAUAAGAUAUUCUUAUAGAAAAACAGGGUACACGAACAACAAUAACGUUGUGAAUAACAAAGACAUUCAUGCUGUUUAUGGUAACUCUGCUUGUGAGACCAGACCUUUUGUUUUAUAUUCUGUUGGUAUAGUAUUUGACUAUUCUCUAAAUAUCUGUAGUGGUUGUGUUCCAUUUGCUCCUGGUGAUGCCAGGAAGAUUGUUCUUGGUUCGACCAACAAGCCAGAAAGACUGAGUCUUUUACUCCUGUGUUUUCUUCUGUUUUCUGUAGAAUAUUUUACUCCAUGACCAUUCGUGUAUGUGCUCCAGGAUUUCAAAGACACAUUUGGAGUUGGGAAAUUCUUGAUAUUUUAAGACAUUCCUAAUAAUCAAGCACGCACAUGCUUCAAAACACACACAGUUUCUUUUGUUUCUCUUCAGUUUUUUUUUUUUGUCAGUCUGAACUCGUGUUACUGUGAAGAACAACGUUUUCACCAGAAGCUACUGAGAGGAAGGACGUGCCUUAAAGGUCUCCAGUGGAAGUGUCCUCCAGUUCACACACAGCUGCACCAGAACAGACCAGCGCUCAUUCAGGCUGCCCCGUGUUGCCGUCACAUAUGAGCCAAACCCGCUGCAGAAAUUCGACAGCGGGCUGCUGAUGAUGAUGGUUUCCAUACAAGACGCUGUUUUGAGAUCUUUUAUACCUUCGUAAAAAUAUUUCAUAUGUCAGGUAUGAAUGGUGUUUUAUGAACCAGACGUAAUCAGGAUGUCCCACUGUUACUAAUAAGCUGAUGUGUCUCAGUUCAUAGCAACGGAAGCCUAUAGACCACCUGUUUUAUCCAUCCUGCACAACACCUGUCACUUGGUUCUUGCUAGCACUCCUUCACAUCACACCAACAGUCUGGAAGGUUCGCACAGAAAGCUUCGCUCGGACAUUGUGUAAAACCAACAUUAUGCACUGUCACUUAUGCAGACCUGCUACAAUAAAGUUGUAGAAGAAGCUGGUAUAAAAGGCAGGGUUGAGGAACUGGCUUGGCACCGGGAAGGCAGCUGCUUUGCAAAAGAUUGUUUUUCUUUUUUACUCCGACUGUUGUAGAUAGUCUUUAGCUAAAGAGGCCUCAUUUAUUGCACAGGACAUUUUACUCAGUGUAGGUUCAGGCACUCAGUAGACAUGCCUUAUGAUCCCUCACCCCAAGUUGAUGACUCAUCAUGUACAGACUUCAGAGGCUUCUAUUAGUUAUUUGAAGGUCCGAUCUAUGAUUGGUUGGUGUCACAAGUUCAAGGGCUGAGAGUUAUCACACAGGAGUACUGGCCACAGAGAGGACCUACCGGACUGUGUGUCAAAUGAUUUUUUGUAAUUAUGUCACACCCCAAUAUAAAAGCACUCAUGCAAUAGGUUGAUAUGUGUGUUUGUGCGUUUGAAGAGAAGCAGACCAUUAUUCAACAGUAAGUGCUUUCUUUCCCCCUAAUCACGCUGUUAAAUAUUCAUUACUUCAACAGCCUCUACUCCCUAACUCCUCGGAUAACACUGAGACUGAUCGAGUUAGCCUUAAAUCAGAUGCACCCUCCCUCCCACACACACACCCCAAGACACUCCUAAUAAAUAACUUGGGAUCUCUGGAAUUUUUAUACACAUUUUGGAAGUUCAGGUGACCCAAACUCAGCAAGGCGGAAGAAGGGUUUAACGCAGAAAUUAAUGGCCAGUUAGGAUUUUUGAAGUGAGGCUCUGUGAUGUUAUCAAGAGUAGCUUCUUUAGCUGCACAAGAAAGAUCCGUUAUCGCAGCGAGUUAAGUAGAACAGGGAAGAAGGUGUGACACGUCAGACACACGGCAGUUUCAACAAAAGUCUUCCUGCAGAUUCGACGGUACAGCUGCCAGCUCCAUCACUAGUUAAGCCAGAGUGCAUCGCCUAUUUUCAGCAUACGGAAAAAUCAUAGGCAUUAGCUACAACAUGAAUAGUAGGUGCUACAAAAAUGCCACGGCAACGAUCCGGUGAUAACAUUACUUAAUUUCACGCGACACCAUGCAAAGGCUCUGUUUGCUUGGAAAAUUCACUCAUGCUAAAUACUUGGAGCGGCUCCAACACAUGGGCAGUCUGACCUACUUUUUGAUUAUUUCAGCUUGGGAUUGUUUAGCCUCUAGGGGGCGCACUUAGACCAUUUAUAGAGCGUUACAUGUUAAGCCCAAGAUGGUCAGACAGAAAAAAGUUGAUGACAGAGCAUAUUAAUAUACCUUAUCCCUAAAUGGGACGCCACACAGUUUGCCCCAGCAUACGUCUAUUUUGCAAACAUAAAAUGUGUUUAUUUCAUCCGCGUUAGACAGCUGUGACAUACAUUUCUUUUGAUAAACCAAAAUAAUAUCAGCCUUUAAUUAGCGGAAGACUCGCUGCUAAUAAUAAACAGGUUAGAUCUGCUAAUAUAGUGUUUUGUUUUAUUCAUUGGAACGUUUUCUGGACAUAUUUCUGGCUCAAAUCCGACCAUUUCUUAGCCUUUCUAUAAAGCGACUGCAACACGACGUUUUUCUGUCACAGCCAGUGCUAACUUUACAGAGCCUCGCUUCAAAAACCCAGAACUGCCCCUUUAGGAACAUGAGAGACGUCGAUUUGGGCAUCAGUGUCAGCAUUAGUACGUUCGAUCUUUUUUGUGUAAAUAAAUAUAUAUUUAAGAAUCUUUUCACUUUGUACAGUAAAACAGACAGACAGGAUGUAACUUUCAGUAUGUUUUACAAUUUAAGAAAUAAAGCUGUGAUAAAAACUCAUAAAAUCAACAAAAAAAAAGAAUAAAAAUAUGCAAAAUAUAGAAUAAGACACAAAUAUUACUAAUCAUAAGUGAUAUAAUUGAACCUUUUUAUCUUUUUCUUUAAAUCUCAUGUUUACUUGAUUAUAAUAGUUUUACCAAUACGGAUUAUGUUAAGAGUUCAGAAUUUUUUUAAUUAUUAUUAUUUUCUCUAAAUUGUUGCAAACUGAGGAUAAUUUACUGUAGGUGUAGACGUUUAGUGAUUAAAAAGGGAAAGCUUAGUUUUAGGAGUCUAUGUUAAGUUUCCCUUGGAUUGUGUUAGACUCUAUCUUUUUAAGAUAAGCUCUUUCUCCAUGCUUCUCGGCAUAGAUUCAAUUAUCUAAACAUUUAUGAUACGAUAUUACAUGUAUACAGAGGUGAUAUUUGCAUAUAGAGGCAGCAGUGUCUUGUGACCCUUCGUUUCGAAGCAGCCAUUCUCGUUCAAAGGUUUCUGAGGCGUUUGUGUUUCUUGUUGCCCAUUUUUUUGGGGACUUGGGCUCUAAACGGUAAUUGCACACAGAAUUUAGAGCCAUCAUCGGCCCGGCCUAUCCUGCUCCCUCUCUUUGUUUGGGAUAGACAUCACUGUGGUAAUGGAAGAUUACACACACACACUUAGGCACACCGGACGUUUUUCCAAUGUUGAUGUUGCUGAGAGUUUCGGUGAAAUAUUGUGGAGAAACCAACCCAAGCCGAAGUGCAGAUUCAUCUCCAUCAGAGUGCGGCUGAAAUGCAUUUGUGCAACCCCUUAUUAAAAGGUGAAACAUUUGUUCCGUCGUGUCUCAUUUUGUGCAGGCUUUCCCCCCGCUCCUUUAUUUAAACUCGCGUUGCUAAACUGUGUUACUUGACAGCCUAACAGCCCUAAAAUGUUUCGUAUUCUCGUUCAUUUUAUCCAUUUUGAUUUAUUUACUUAUCUCAGGUCUUUUUAUUGAUGUGUCUCAGCUCUUUUGUGUGAUCCUCUGCAUUAGAGAGAGAGAAACGGCUUCAUUAAUUUGCAGCGGGUGCAUGUGGGACGCCAUGCAUUCGGAGAUGAUUUUUCUCCUCCUUAUUUUGUGUGGCUCUAAUUCCAAUAAGUCUGUGUAAUCUUCUCCAACACCCCGAGAGAAGAAAUUCAUCUCUCCACUGUUGUUUUUUCUUUCUUUCUUUCUUCUUUUCUCUCUAACUGCUUUCGUGUCCACGGGGUUGAUUGAAAAGUGAAAAAUGUAUCAGUGUGCACAUAAACUCUGUUAGCGGUCCAUUUUCUCCCCCCUCUGCAAGGCACUGAAAUAAUUCAAGUCAUUUGCAAUAAACAGCACAACCAAACAAUGUUCAUAUUGUACUCUAAAUAUGCUAAUUUAUCAGCUCUUGUUUUACAAGAGCAGGGUAGUUAGGUAGGGCUAGUUACUGUCAGGGUGGUUAGCUAGUCCUAGCUAAUGUUAGGGUGGUUAGCUAGGGCUAGCUAACAUUAAGGUGGUUAACUUGUGCUAGUUAAAGUCAGGGUGAUUAGCUAGUCCUAGCUAAUGUUAGGGUGGUUAGCUAGAGCUAGCUAACAUAAAGGUGGUUAGCUUGUGCUAGCUAAUGUCAGGGUAGUUAGCUAGUCCUAGCUAACGUCAGGGUGGUAAGGUAGGGCUAGCUAACAUCAGGGUGGUGAAAUAGGGCUAGCUAACAUAAAGGUGGUUAAAUAGGGCUAGCUAACAUAAAGGUGGUUAGCUUGUCCUAGCUAACGUCAGGGUGGUUAGAUAGGGCUAGCAGACAUAAAGGUGGUUAGCUUGUGCUAGUUAAAGUCAGGGUGAUUAGUUAGUGCUAGCUAAUAUCAGGGUGAUUAGCUAGUCCUAGCUAACGUCAGGGUGGUAAGCUAGGGCUAGCUAACAUUAAGGUGAUUAGCUCGUCCUAGCUAACGUCAGGGUGGUUAGAUAGGGCUAGCUAACAUAAAGGUGGUUAGCUUGUGCUAGUUAAAGUCAGGGUGAUUAGUUAGUGCUAGCUAAUAUCAGGGUGAUUAGCUAGUCCUAGCUAACGUCAAGGUAGUAAGCUAGGGCUAGCUAACGUCAGGGUGGUUAGCUAGGGCUAGCUAACUCUGUUGAGGUGUACCUGAUACUGUUAAAACAUGAGAUUUUCACCCCUACAGCUCAGGUGAAGCAGAUUAACUCGGGCUUGUCAGGAGUCUUUAUUCCCCCUUAAGGCCAAAUUGGGCCCAGUCUCCUUUUUUUGCAAAAGAGCAUGUCGCAUCGCAUUUGGGUGGCGAAGGGCAAAACACUGUGUCCCCUCUUUCCCCAGUGUUGACACACGAAGAAGAAGUAGUAGUGGCUGUGACACGCGUAUGAAAGAUGUUUUUUUUCCCCUUUCUAUCAGGAACAAAGACCGGAACAAGGGGAGAAAAAAAAAACGGGUGUCUGGUGACAUUCACUUUCCCGACUUUGAAACUGCUUGUGUUUAUUUGAAAACAGAAAUAAUAAUGACAACAAAAAAAUGAGUCAGUCAUGUGAUUUCAUCCCAUGCAGACAGGAAGAAUUCAACUGUGAUAUUACAGAACUGAUUGUUCUGAACCUUUAUGUAACUCAGCAGUUCGCACUCUCAUCAGUUUCUCUCUGUUCACUGAAAACAUUUUUUCUGUUCCCCUUCAUGUUUUAGUUACAGACGUCCGUGUGUGUUUGUCUGGGUAUACUGUGCCUUGCAGAAGAAUCCGUGGCUCUUAAACUUUGUCGCAUGAAACUGCAAUACCUUUUACUGGGAUUUUAUCUGAUAGAGCGAGUUGAAGUUGAAUUGGGGAUCUGCCAAAUUUCUAAGAAAAAUCAUCCAUAGUUUUCGCCUCUAUUCAAUAUCUACGUCUGAUUACUUUUUGUUUAUUGCGGCAUAUCGAAGAGGAAAAUGGUUUUCAAACAUUUCCUCAAAUAAAAGGUUUUUUUUCUGUUUUUAUUUAAGCGUGUCAAAGGAAACGUGGUUGAAUGCAGCAAAGUGUAAAGAAUUUUCUUUUAGAAGUAAAGAUCUGAAAUGUUGACAUAACUGCUUUGAGCCACAUCUACUCUGACACCCCUAAAUAAAAUAAUUUCUCUUAUUUUUUCAGAGAUGGGAUCAAAUUACACUCUGGGGAUGCUACUGGUUUUCAUUUGAAGUUAAGUGAUUGUGUUAUUUUUUUUUAGGGGGAUCAAAGAAAAGGGGUCUGAAUUCAAAUUUAUACCACAUUUAUUUUUGGGAAGUUUUUUUUUUUUUUAACUAUAUAUAAAUUCCCUUCCACUUUGACAAUUAUACCUGGCUUUGUGUCGAUUUAUCACAUAAAACCCCAAAAUGUGUUAGAGUUUAAGGGGUCGGGAUACUUUUCAAUGUGCUGUAUGUGUACUAUCUCUUGAUACUGCUUCAUAUUGAUGCACAUCAAAUUUUCUACUCAACUGUGUACAGUUCUGUUCAAUAUUCCCGUUUUCCAUCUUCACCCGCUGUCGUUCCUGAGGUGUUUCCUCGGUGUCGCAUAAGGGGUUGCAACGCAAUGCUUUUCCCAAAGCGAGACGAAGUCGCCGAAACCCACCGAGACCGCGUCACUCGACCACAGUGACCGCGGCUGGCGGAAGGGUAACAUACGAGUAGUGUCAUCAUCAUACACAGAACAUUUGCUCCUGGCCGUCGUUUUCUCUUUUUCUUGGCCGUUUUCUUUGAAAUAAUGCCAAAAUUUUUACAGCAGAAAAAAAAAACACAAAAACAGCUAAUUGUAUAGGUUCUGUAUAUACCAAAUACUGGGGGGGAAAGUAUUUACCUUCACCUUUUUUGUAUUAAAAAUGAUUGACGUAUUCUCAAUAGCAAAUUUAACCAUGUCAUGACAAAAUUGCAAAAAAGGAAAAAAAACAAAAGCAUCAUUAAGGUACUUCUAAUAAGGAUAAUGCCGAUAUCUACCAUUAUAAGUGCUGAAAUAAGACUAUUCUUUCUCUUUGUACAUGAUGAACAAAAUGAAGUGUUGAGUAUUAAUAAUAAAAGUAUAAGUUUCAGAUGGA